ACACAACAUAGUCGGUUGCAAACAAUGAGCGACUUUGGGGGACUAUCAUAGGCUUCUCUGUUAAGUUCCGGCAAGGACGGUGAACGAGGGCUCUUCCGAACCACUUGUAUUGGGACAUUUACUGUGUGCACUUCAUCCCACUACUUGUUCUUUACCCAUAAGGGUCACGGGCUCCCAUGGCGGCUCCUAAUAGCGAUGAACCCCUUCCGGACCUCUUGACGACGCUCCCAUGGCCCUGUCAAGUUCGAAUCCUACAGCAGCUGCCACUUCGCAGCUGCUUAAUUAUGUCUUUGGUUUGCAAGGAUCUAAACUCCCUCGUUCGGAAUGACAUCCUUCGUAACCUGCAUGGCAUGGACCUCAAUAACCUACCGGGCGCGUGCGUCAGCGACGCGCUUUCCUGGGCGUUUCGCACGAACCUCCCAUGUCUCCGAAGCAUCUCAGCUGCAGGCCACGCUUGCCUGCAGCCGCUGCUCACGGCAUGCCAGCUCCCGUCCGGCCAAUCGACGCUACAUCAGCUGACAUGCCUGAACUUGGACACCGUGAAGCAGCUGCAGGACAACCACUUAAGCCUCCUGCUGCCAGAAUGCCCACACCUGGAGCAACUGGUCCUGCCCCGCUGCUCCAAGCUAACAAACGCCGCCGCGCUGGCUGUCUCGCUGCACCUGCCGCGGCUGCGGGUGGCAGUGCUCUCCGACUGGUCGUCGCUCACCGAUGCGGGAGUAUGCGCGCUGGCGAGGGGCUGCCCGGAGCUGGAGGAGGUGGUACUGGAG